CUCCGCGGCCCCUUGGGCUUCCGCUGCCUCUACCUGGACGAGUACCGCGACCGGCUCUUCGUGGGUGCCAAGGACGCGCUCUACUCCCUUCGCCUGGACCGGCCCGGCGCUGACGCCAAGGAGAUCCACUGGCCGCCUGGCCCCGGGCAGACGGAGGAGUGUGUCCGCAAGGGAAAGGACCCCGUGCCCAAGUUCGUGGCAGCCUUCCUGAUCCCGGACAGUGACGACCGCGAUGACGACAAGGUCUACUUCUUCUUCGCGGAGAAGGUGGCAGAGGCGGAGGGCAAGGAGCACACCGUCCUCAGCCGCGUGGCACGGGUCUGCGUGAAUGAUGCUGGGGGACAGAGGGUGCUGGUGAACAAGUGGAGCACCUUCAACAAGGCCCGCCUGGUGUGCUCUGUGCCAGGCCCCGGCGGCAUCGACACCCACUUCGACGAGCUGGAGGACGUCUUCUUGCUGAGGACGAAGGACGAGAAGAACCCUGAGAUCUUCGCCCUCUUCAGCACGGUCAGCGCUGCUCGCCAUCCCGUUCCAGCCACGGGCUCGGCCGGCUGCGUGUACCGCAUGGCCGACAUCCGGGACGUCUUCAACGGGCCCUUCACCCACCGGGACAGCCCCCUGCACCAGUGGGCCGCCUACGAGGGCCGGGUGCCCUACCCGCGGCCUGGCGUGUGCCCCAGCAAGACCACGAGCCAGCCCAGGCACCAGUACAGCACCACCAAGGACUACCCCGACGAUGUGCUGCACUUCGCCCGCACUCACCCGCUCAUGUACAAGCCCGUGUCCCCCCGGCACGGCCGGCCCCUCCUGGUCAAGACCGACCUGCAGCACCACCUGCGCCAGCUUGUUGUGGACCGCGUGGAGGCCGAGGACGGGCACUACGACGUCCUCUUCCUUGGCACAGACGCCGGCUCGGUGCUGAAGGUCGUGGUGCUGCAGAACGCAGCCUCGGCCACCCCGGACGAAGUCAUUCUGGAGGAACUGCAGGUUUUUAAGACGCCCGUGCCCAUCACGCAGAUGGAGAUCUCCGUCAAGCGCCAAACGCUCUACGUGGGCGCCAGCCCGGGGGUGGCCCAGGUGCGGCUGCACCGCUGCGAGGGCUACGGCACGGCCUGCGCCGAGUGCUGCCUGGCCCGGGACCCCUACUGCGCCUGGGACGGCACCGGCCUCGCUCUGGGGCCUCAGAUCAGAGCCAUGCAAAUCUCAGCUCGCAGUUUGCGAUACGGUUCGUGUCAUCUCAUACCAUGGUUUGCUGUGAUCAAUAGACUGUAA